AGGAAGGCUGCCUCAUUGGUCCGCGCAGUCAGGGUCCGGUGACUUUUCUCUUUAGCACUCUGGGCGCUGACCCACUUCUCUUCCUCUAAGUGAGUGCUCGAUACCUUCCGGCGCCCGGAGCUGCUGGCCUAAAGGCAUCCGGACGGAGCUGGGCCGGGUAACUGCUUUGAGGCACCAUGACCACCCUUGAUGAUAAGUUGCUGGGGGAGAAACUGCAGUACUACUACAGCAGCAGUGAGGAUGAGGACAGUGACCAUGAGGACAAGGACCGAGGCAGAGGCGCCCCGGCCAGCAGUUCUGUGCCUGCAGAGGCUGAGCUGGCAGGCGAAGGCAUCUCAGUUAACACAGGUCCAAAAGGUGUGAUUAAUGACUGGCGCCGCUUCAAGCAGUUGGAGACAGAACAGAGGGAGGAGCAGUGCCGGGAGAUGGAAAGGCUGAUCAAGAAGCUAUCAAUGACUUGCAGGUCCCAUCUGGAUGAAGAGGAGGAGCAACAGAAGCAGAAGGACCUCCAGGAGAAGAUCAGUGGGAAGAUGACUCUGAAGGAGUUUACCAUGAUGAAUGAGGACCAAGAUGAUGAAGAGUUUCUGCAGCAGUACCGGAAGCAGAGAAUGGAAGAGAUGCGGCAGCAGCUUCACAAGGGGCCCCAAUUCAAGCAGGUUUUCGAGAUCCCCAGUGGAGAAGGGUUUUUAGACAUGAUUGAUAAAGAACAGAAAAGCACUGUCAUCAUGGUUCAUAUUUAUGAGGAUGGCAUUCCGGGGACUGAAGCCAUGAACGGUUGCAUGAUCUGCCUUGCUGCAGAGUACCCAGCUGUCAAGUUCUGCAGGGUGAAGAGCUCAGUUAUUGGCGCCAGCAGUCGCUUCACCAGGAACGCCCUUCCUGCCCUGCUGAUCUACAAGGGGGGUGAAUUGAUUGGCAAUUUUGUUCGUGUUACUGACCAGCUAGGGGAAGAUUUCUUUGCUGUGGACCUUGAAGCUUUUCUCCAGGAAUUUGGAUUACUCCCAGAAAAGGAAGUCUUGGUGCUGACAUCUACCCCCUUCUCCACCAGGGUCUUGUUUAAAGGUUCCAGAUGACACAUGUUUACUUCAUCAGGAGGGGUGGCCUCUGCUGCUGGAUUUGAUGUCCUCCUCCAGCAUUCCUAAGUCUGACACAGCAGGAAGGGUCGAUGCUGACUGACCUGGUGACGUUGGAAAGCAAGUACUUUAUGGAUUUAAACAUUAGAGCUGGAGUGGGGCUGGAAACUUGGUAAAGGAGGAUCUUUAGUAAGAUGCCCCUGCUUGUCUUUGUCUCUUUUUUGUUUAACAAGAUCACUUUUUGUUUAACCUAGAUUAUUUUUAAAACUUUUUUUUUUUUCAUAUUGGAAAACUCUUAUUUGGUAGAGGAAAAUUGACCAAAAUAGAAGCAAAAAUAAGAAAAUUAAAAUAAUCUCUAAUCCUACCACCCAGAGUGAAACACUAUUAAUAUUUUGGUCUUCUUCCUGCCCAGAUGUUUUCUGUGUAUACAUGGAUAUUUUGUUUGUUCUUAAACGAUGGGUUCAUUCUGAACAUACUGUUUUAUAGUAUGGUCAGCCAAUAAUAUAUCAGACCUUUUUUCAUAUUAUUAAAUAUUCUACAACUUUUAAAAAAUGUGUUAAUAUUCCAUCAUAUAAAUGUGCUGUAAUUUGCUUGGUAGUUGUCUCUUAAAAAGAAAGCAAAUACUUUUUUUAAAUUACAAAAGUGACAGAUAUUUAUUGUAGCAAAUGUAAUAAAAACUGUUAAGACUUAAAAGCCAUAUAAUUCCAACCAAAAUUAAUCCCUGUUGUCAUAUUCCUAGUCAUUUUUCUAGCCUUUUUUCUAUGUAUUUAUAAUAA